GACGCUUCCGGUGUAUAAUUAUCUCAAGUUCAUAGACACAACCUGCUGAAAAAAAGCUCAUAAAAGACGACUUUGUAUAUUGUAAUGGCUGCAUUGUUUGCAUGUACAAAAUGUCACAAAAGACAUCCUUUUGAGGAACUAUCAUCGAGUGAACAGUUGUGUAAAGAAUGCAGAAACCAUUAUCCUGUGGUGAAAUGUACCUACUGUAGAGGGGAGUUCCAACAAGAAGAAAAAGGAAGCAUUAAUUCCAUAUGCAAAAAGUGUGCACAAAAUGUCAAACUAUAUGGCAAGCCAACAGUGUGUGAGUAUUGCAACAUUGUUGCAGCCUUUAUAGGAAAUAAAUGUCAGCGAUGCACCAACGCAGAGAGAAAAUGGGGGGCCCCAUCAACGUGCGAACAGUGCAAGCAGAAGUGUGCAUUUGACAGGAAUGACGGAAGCAGGAAAAAGGUUGAUGGGAAGUUACUGUGCUGGUUAUGCACAUUAGCAUAUAAACGGGUGUUAGCCAAGGCGAGAUUACGGGAGGAAGAAUCUCGAAAAUCUCUAGGGUCCACACAGCAGAAACCUCUAGAGGAGAAAGUGGACAAAAAUGACAAGUUUGACAGCAUAAUGAACUCGAAAACUGAAGACUCUAAAUUUGACAAUGUUGGAAGUGUCAGUAGUCGUCAUAGUAACGGAAGUCAGGGAGAUCAGGAUAAAUCAGAUUUUCCAGAGGAAAGUUCAGAUUUGCAAAAUAGUAGUAGUGGUAAUCACGGUCACAGUCAUCGUCACAAACAUCAUAAACAUCACAGAGACCACCAUAGGCGAUCUCACAGCCGCCACAAGCACCACCACAAACACAAGUCUAGUGAACCAAAUACUCCAGAAGAUACACCACCCAGCAAAGUAUCCCGGCUUGAUUCUAAAAAUAAUGCCAAUGGAUUAACACCGACGAAAAGUUCUGGGCUGGGUAGCAGUAUGUCUCUCUCCCUCCUGAAUACUAGUGCUAUGGAGAAAACGAUGGAGGACCCUCACAGCUCGGAACAUCUCAUAGCAUUACAACAGCUUCAGGAGCAACUAGAUGCAGCCAAAAAACAGUUACAGACAAAAGAUCAGCACCUCCUGGAGAAAGAUAAGAAGAUCACGGAGUUGAAGGCUCAGCUGUAUGAAUUAGAGAAGGAGUACCGGAUAAAACAGCAGACAUUACAGAAACAACAUACUGAAUCACUGGAGGCUCUACAGACAAAAAACCGGGAUCUGAUGAAGCAACUGGCUAGUGUGAAGACAAAGAUCAAGUCAAAGGGCUCAACUGCUAGUCCUAGCCUGGUCUCCUAGUGGGGAGGGAGAGAUUAGGAGGGCAGACCGCUAAUCCUAGUCUGGUCUCCUCACAGGAAGGGAGAGAUUAGGAGGGCGGACCGCUAAUCCUAGUCUGGUCUCCUCACAGGUUAGGAGGGCGGACCGCUAAUCCUAGUCUGGUCUCCUCACAGGAAGGGAGAGAUGAAGGGCCCUAUUCUGAUAGGGACGGGGAGAAUAGGGGACUGGACUACUAGUGCUAUUCUGGUGUCCUCAUUAGAAGAGAGAGAGAUGAAGAGGAUGGAAGGAUCCCUGCUUGUAUAGGAGUCUGAGGAGGAGGAAUACCAGCAGUGUAAUAUGUGUGUGUAUACAACUUAUAGCUAAAAUUUCAUGUAUUUCUGGUAACUAAUGUAUCACUUCAUAUGUAUAAUAUGGGGGGGGGGGGGGUGUCAAAGAAAUUUAAUCCAUAUUUUCUCGAGUAUUAAAAUCUUUCUUUGUGGAAAAAAUAUAAUAUGGAGUGGAAAAAAUAUAAUAUGGGAUCUUAUAAUUUGAGGAUAUUUAGAUUGUGAGUAUCCUUAAACCUACAAAUCUUCUCUUCUUUUUUUCUACAAGUACUACUUGUGUUAAAACUCUUGAUGUAAAAAAAAAUUGUUCCAGUUUCUCUUUUCCACCGGUCCUCAAUAUGAAUGUGAGGGUUUUGUUAAUUUGUCUUUUUUUUAUUGGAAAGUGGAUCUGACAUUUGUAUUUGUUACUUAUAGAGAAUGUAAAAUGUUGUAUAUUGGUUCACCAGUACUUGGUAUAAAGAGGUUGUAAUGUUUUGUACAGAGAGAAUGCUUGUGUCUUCAUUUGAUUUGUUAUGAAACUUUUGCAUUGACUUAACAAGGAAAUCUGUUGAUGCUGUGUCUAAAAUAUUUAACUCUAGGGCAUUUAAUAAGUGUUGCAACUCUGUCUGCAUUGAUUACAAAAUCAGUAGCAUCAUCAUUUAAGAUUUUUUUUUUUCUGUUUAAUCACCAUGGACAAGCCAUAAGAAAUGUCAGAUAUUUGUUAGGAUUAAACGUCUCCAGAUUCCUUGUAGGAGAAGUAAGAUUGCUACUAAUUGUCUCGAGGUUCAGUAUAGAGGUAACUAGAUUGCUACUAAUUGUCUCGAGGUUAAACAGAGAGAUAGCUGGCCUGUCCCUACCUCCAGUAAUACAUUUUAUACUCCUGUCAUCCUUAUGUUGCAUAUAAUUCUGCAAAUCUACGAAUGUUUUCGGGGUAUGAUGGUCAAACACAGCGAACUGUACCUCGCAUCAUGUAAAUCUACGAAUGUUUUCGGGGUAUGAUGGACAAACACAGCUAACUGUACCUCGCAUCGUGUAAAUUUGAUACUGCCAAACAAAAGACAUUUUAUUUUUAAUUUGUGUUUCAUUUUGGAAAUACUUAUUAGGUCAAUGUUCUCAAUGUCUUAAGAACGAUUACUGUAUAUAUAUGGAGUUCAGUAUGGGGUUUUGUAAGCUAUGCUUUUAUAGACCUGGUGGAUGGUAGAUCUUAUUGGGGGGGGGGGGGGGGGGGGGGGGGGGGGUUGCAGUUCCCCUUUGAUUGGAAUAUAUUGGGGUCUAUAGCCUUCAUUCUUGGGUCACUCCCCUGUUUGGAUUUGGAUCCACCCUUGUAUAAUAUCCUGUAGUAUUUACGGAGACUCCACUGUCAGUGUAAGAAACAUUUUUCUUUAGUCGCUGAAUCUGUAAAUCUCUGCAAAUUAAAAUUUUGUGUGGAAUUAUGAGUAACUGAAUGUUGUCAGCUUAUGUGAACACUAUCAGAUCACGUAUAUAAUUGUAGAUUCCUAGAUAUACCAAAGGAAUUUAUCGCAUAAUUUGGCGAAUAGUAUCAGUUUUGAAAUAAAUUUACCAAAUAUUAUUUUUAUGUGCUGAAAUACGUGUAAAAACUCUUCAUCCUCCGACCACUUACGAAUUCAUAUGUGUGGUGAUGUCUAUGAUUUAUUUCGGGAUAAUAGGUACUCGUGUAAAUAUGAAAGCUACAGUACGUGUGUCUUAAUGGUUGAAUCUGUAUCUUCCUCGGGGUUUAUAUAAGCAUCUGUCUCAAACUUUUUGUUCAUUUCAAGUUGUAUACAUUGAUGCACAAACAUAUUCUCAUGUUUAAAACAAAAUAGUUCAAUGUAAUUUUUUUUUUUAAAUUAUGAUAAAGUUAAUCAAGGAACUAAAACUGAAGACGAUGGUGCAGUAGAAAAUGAUACCAUGUUUUAUUAUUCUAUUGCAUGACCAAUGUCAAUGUGCAUUGCUGAAUUGUUUGUCAUUAUGUGUGAAAUUAAAUGAUGAUAGAAAAGAUUUUCAUUUCAUAUUUCAAAAUCUGUGUCUUGAAUGAGGCAUGCAAUAUUUUAAAUAUGUAUAUGUGUGCAUUUUAACAUCCACUCAUUGAAUCUUAGUUCCAUUGUUUUCUUUUAUUACGUUGGAAGUAAGGGAGUACGAAAUAUGUGCAAUUUUGUUAAUUUUAAAUAGUAGCUUUGCAGUAAGUGCAUAUUUUUGAAAUGUAAAUAACUUUUAUUUAUGUUAAUGAAGUAUUUAUUGCAAUUUUAUAUAUAAUUUUUUUUUAAUCUGUGUCAUUUUAUUGUCAUGGUAAUGUGCUUCCUCACAGUGUUUUUAUUAGUCUGUUCUGUGUCUGGCAGUCAUGCAACAUUAUAAUUAUUAUUACAGUGUAUUACUGAUUGGACCUAACUAAUUUGUUCAUCCACUUUAAUUCAAUUCCUGAAAAA